AUAAUGAAAGCUUAAGUCGUAAUAAAUUAAUUUAACAAAAUGUUACCGUCAUGUAUUGUGCUGGUAUUUUGUCUUCUCUUUAGAAUAAUAAAUGGCAAGACACUGACGAAUGGAUCUGCUCUAAAUAGUACUGACCUAAGUUCCGAUAAAGGGCAGAUUAUUAAUUCCUCGUGUGAGACUACAUAUCAGUGUUUUGGGAAGCUGGUUUGUGUCAAUGGACAAUGUCAGUGUUGCGAAAACCACAUCUGGAACGGUACAGACUGCAUUAAUGAGAAAACUUUUAAAUCAAAAUGCAAGCAUACUACAGAAUGCGGGACAACAUUGUUCUGUAUAUAUGGUACCUGUCAAUGUGCACAGAUGCACUACUGGAAUAGGGAUACCUGCUUAAGUAAAAAGACUGCUAAUGAUACUUGUACAAAUUCAAAUGAAUGCGGUGCAAAACUCCUUUGCGAAGAUGAAAUAUGUCAAUGUCCUGUCGAUUUAUUUUGGAAUGGAAACAAAUGUAUAUUUAAACAAUUGGUUGGACAUUCAUGUAGAUCUUCUACAGAAUGUGUAGAAAAUCUCCAGUGCAGGCAAUCUUUGUGUAAGUGCUUAGAAUCUGAGUAUUGGGACAAAUGGAAAUGUUUUACGAAAAAAUACAUUGAUGAGGUAUGUAGGAAAGAGGAGGAAUGUGGAACCACUUUAUAUUGUGCUAGGAGUGUAUGUCAGUGUGCAUCGUCUGACUAUUGGACAGGAUCAACGUGUUCAAUAAAAAAAGACGAGAAUUAUCUUUGCAAUUCGUCACUUGAAUGUAAAGCAACAUUACAAUGCAGAAAUAAUCGUUGUGUUUGCUGUGAACAGGACUACUGGAAUGGACAGUUAUGUGAGAAAAGUAAGUGUGCUUUUGAACAGUGUUUGAAUGGUGGCAAAUGUCUGAUAUCUGAAAACAGACACAGAUGUAUAUGUGUGGACGGCUAUCUUGGUGAUAACUGUCAGUAUGCAGAUGGAAGAGAGAAAGAUUUUAUUGUGAUAUUUCACCAAGCAUACAGCAGCCCAUCACCAAGAAUAUUACCAGCAGUUAACAGAAGGGGGGAAUUGUCUAUUUUCUAUUUCGCAAACAAUAAAAAUGUUUCAGUAACAUUGGAUUCAGCUUAUAGUACUUAUAUCCUUGAUUCCAAUGUAUUAAUGACAAAUGGUUUACACCAGGCUGGAGUAGAAAUACAUUCCAAUGUCCCGAUCCUCCUUUAUGGAUUUAUUUUUCUUCCCGAAUUUUCCGAAGGAUUUUUUGUUCUUCCAACUCGAUUUGUAUCUGUAGAUUAUGUCAUUCCCUCGUUCACUGUAUAUAACAGCAUAUGUCAGAGUGUAUUUGCCUUAUCUUCUGUGUAUUCAAAUACAGUAAUAGAAAUAAACUUUAAAAUGAAAGAUGGAACAAUUUCCUAUGACAACAUACAAUAUUCUAACAAUCAAACAUUAACAUUAGUACUCAAUAAGUAUACAUCAUUUCAAAUGUUUCACUCGUCAGACUUAACGGGGACAAGAAUCAUUUCAUCUAAGCCCGUUGUUGUCGUCAGUGGAAACAGAUGCAAUUAUAUUGAUAAAAAAAUUAGUAGCUGUCAGCCGUUCAUUGAAAUGGUAUUACCCACAAAUCAACUAGACAAUCUUUACGUGAUUCCAUAUCUAAAUUAUCGACCUGAAAAUACAGUUCGCGUGCUUGCUGUAAAUAAUACAAACGUAGUGUUGAAGAAUGGUAACCAUCGCACCACAAACGUUCUAAAAUCUAGAGACUUUCUGGAUUAUUUCCAUACACAUAUUUCAUAUGUAUCAUCUGCAAGCGAUGUGAUGGUACAUAUUUACCCGCAUGAGCUAUCAGAUAAGCAUGGAGAUGCCUUUAUGAUGACAAUUCCCGGAAUUAACCAGUACAUGCAGUACCUGUAUGAUUAUGAUUUCAUGGUUCCAACAGAUUUUGAAAGUUUCAUCAGCAUCACAGUUGCAACAAACGCAGUCGAUGGCUUUGUACUUGACGGUAAAUUCGUGAAUUUAAAAAAUAUUUUCAGCAUUUCCCAAGAGGAAUAUCGCUUCAGUAGUUUUAGCAUCCCUAUAUCUAGUGGACCACAUCACAUCACCCAUAGAGAGAAGACACGUUUUGGUUUGUGGGUCUACGGAAAUUACACUAACUAUGAAGCGUAUGGAUAUCCAGCAGGAAUUGCUUUUAAAACAUAAACUGUGCCGAUAACUACUUAAUUAUGACAAGCAUUACUUUUAGUUUUAAGUUUAAGAAUUUCAACAGUAGGAUGUAAGAACGUUGUUAACUAUAGUAAAAAGGAAAUUUAUUUACCUCUAGGUGUUACCUGUACAUGGGUAAAGGAUGUCCUCUUUUUAAAUGAAAAUAAUGGCUGUUUUCACUGUAGCAUAUUACAUUAUUAUAUGUUAUCCCUUUGUAAGUGUUAUUUUUGUAAAUCAUGUAUUUAGUACUUGUUAUUUUGAAUAUUUGAUAAAGAUGGAGACCCGUA